UGUAUUAUUAUUUUUUUUUAAUUUUUAUUUUUUCUCUCACCGCCGGUAUUAAUGGUUCGUGUAAAAUGAAUGGUCUGUACGCCUUGCUUUGACCUUUAUUCUCCUCCACUCCACGCACUGACGCACGCAAUGAAGUAUCUCCAUCUCCUCCACUAAAGUCUUCUUCCUUUGUUCCAUUACUCAACUCCUCACUCCAUUACUUUUACUGUGCUAACAUUAUAGUACAUUGUUUUUUUUUUUUUUUGUUUUUUUGUUUUUUUUAUCCUUCAUGCAUGGAUGGUUCCUGCAGAUCCGAGACUAAUACUAGUAGUAAUACAGAUCCACAAGUACAAUUAUCUUCAUGGAGCUACCAUGUCUUCCUGAGCUUCAGAGGCCAAGACACCCGCAACAACUUCACGGAUAGCCUCUACCGGGCACUCGUCCAUGCCGGCAUCCACACCUUCCGGGAUGACAAAGAGCUCCGAAAAGGCCAGGACAUCGCUUCCGAUCUCCUCACAGCCAUCCAGCUCUCCAAGAUCUCCGUCGUCGUCUUCUCCAACAACUACGCUCACUCAAGGUGGUGCCUGGACGAGCUGGUGAAGAUCGUGGAGUGCAAGAGGUUUUUGGGGCAGAUUGUUCUGCCUGUUUUCUACGAUGUUGAUCCGUCACAGGUUCGGCAUCAGAGCGGAGCUUUUGCAGAAGCAUUUGCGCAACACCAACAACGGUUUGAUUGUAUAAGAGUAACAAAAUGGAGGGAUGCGCUUACUGAGGUUGCAAAUUUGUCUGGCUGGGACCUAAACGCUGUCACCAAUGGGCAUGAAUGGAAGUUCAUUCGGAAAAUAGUUGAAGAAAUCUCAAACAAACUAAAUCAUAGGUACUUGAGUGUUGCUAUCCACCCCGUCGGAAUAGAUUCUCGAGUACAACACCUGAAUGAUUUGCUAAGCAUUGGGACAGACACAGUUCGCAUAGUUGGGAUAUGUGGAAUGGGUGGAAUAGGUAAAACAACCAUUGCAAAAGCGCUCUACAACCAACAAUUUCACACAUUUGAAGGAAGUAGUUUUCUUACCAGCGUAAGGGAAAUUUCAGAGCGACCUAAUGGUUUGGUGUGUUUACAAGAGCAGCUUCUUUUCGAUAUCCUGAUGAAAAAAAAGCUGAAGAUCAGGAAUGUUGAUAGAGGAAUUAAUGUCAUCAAAGAUAGACUACAUAAUAGAAGGGUACUUGUAGUUCUUGAUGAUGUGGAUCAUUUAGACCAAUUGCGUGCUUUAGUUAGAGAACGUUAUUGGUUUGGUUCUGGAAGUAGAAUAAUUGUCACAACUAGAGAUGUUCAUUUGCUAAAAGUUAUCGGAGUUGACAGGAUAUAUAUGGCUAAGAAAUUAGGUCGUGUUGAAUCUCUUCAACUCUUUAGUUGGCAUGCCUUUGGGAAAGGCGAUCCUUGGAAAGAUUAUUUAGAGCUGUCAAAAGCUAUAACAGGCUACCUUGGAGGGCUCCCAUUAGCUCUUCAAGUUUUUGGCUCCUUUCUUUUUGACAAAAGAAGCAUGCCUGAAUGGGAAAGUGCAUUGGAGAAGUUGAAAAAGAUUCCUGAUAAUCAAAUUCAGGAAAAACUAAAAGUGAGUUUUGAUGCACUUGAAGAUGAUGAACAAAGGGAUAUAUUUCUUGAUAUUGCAUGCUUCUUUAUUGGAAUGGAUGAAGGAGACGUGAUACGGAUACUGGAUGGUUGUGGCUUCUCCUCAAAGAUUGCAAUUCGCAUUCUUGUGGAUAGGUGUCUCGUGACAAUCAAUGAUAAAAACAAACUUGGAAUGCAUGAUUUGUUGCGAGAUAUGGGAAGACAGAUCAUCCGUGAGAAGUCCCCCAAGGAACUUGGGAAACGUAGUAGAUUGUGGCGCCAUGAGGAUGUCUUGGAUGUAUUGACAAAGCAUACGGGAACAGAAGUAGUUGAAGGCCUCAUUCUAAACUUCUGCAGUCAAAAUGUGGUGCCCUUGAGAACUGAAGCAUUUGCAAAGAUGCAAACACUACGGUUACUCCAACUCAAUUAUGCAAAUUUGAUGGGAAGCUAUGAACAUUUCUCGAAAGAAUUAAGAUGGUUAUGUUGGCACGGAUUCCCAUUGAAGCAAAUACCAACCAAUUUUAGUCUGCAGAAUGUAGUUGAAAUUGACAUGUCUUGCAGUGGCCUGAAACAAGUUUGGAAGGAGACUAAGAUGCUCAAAAAGUUGAAGGUCCUUAAUCUCAGCCAUUCCCAUAACCUAACCAAAACCCCAGACUUCAAAGGACUCCCUAGCAUCGAGAGAUUGUUACUCCUAGAGUGCACAAGUUUGGUAGAAAUUCAUCAAUCAAUAGGAAAUCUUGACAAACUUGUAUACUUGAAUUUGAGAGAUUGCAAAAAUCUUAGGAUUCUUCCAGUAACUAUGUGCGAGUUAAAGUCUCUUGAAAAUCUUGAUCUGUCAGGGUGCUUGAAACUUGAUAAGUUACCAGAAGACAUUGGCAAAAUGGAACAAUUGAGGGUGUUUCUUGCAUAUAACACAGCUAUAAAGCAACUACCCCUUUCCAUCAAUCUUUUGAGGAACUUAAGGGAAUUAUCAUUUAGUCAAAAUGAUCAAACAGUGUCCACUGUAUCUUUCCCUUCGCUCUUCUGGUCCUUGUUUUCACCCAAAAAAAUUCCAGAUUCAAUGAGUUUAUUACCAACUUCUGUAUCUGGUUUGUGCUCCUUAAGAAGACUAUUCCUUCCAAAUUGCAAUUUGAUAGAUGAUUCACUUCCUAAUGACCUGGGGACCUUACCAUCAUUGCAACAGUUGGAUCUAAGAAACAACAAUUUUUGUAGCCUACCGACAAGCAUCAGUCGCCUUUCCAAGCUUGAGAGCCUUCUAUUGGAUGAUUGCACCAAGCUUAGGUCAAUUCCAGAUCUUCCAGCAAGUUUGGCCUUCUUAGUUGCACCAAAUUGCUCAUCUUUGGAGAGGAUAUCAAAUGUAUCAAAUGCGCCCGCAAAUCUAUCCAUGUUUCUUAGUGGGUGCAGCAAACUAGCUGAGAUUACUGGAUUGGACAAGUUGGAAUCCAUAGACAACAUUCACAUGGAAUGGUGUAGCAAUUUGGCAAAUUCUUUUAGAAAUAGCCCCUUCAUCAUGGAACUAUCCAGAUAUUGUAAAAAUGCAUUUUAUCUUCCUGGAAGUGAGAUUCCAAACUGGUACAACUAUCAAACUGUGGGAGCUUCAAUUUCUUUUGAGGUGCCUCGGCUUUCUGAUCAGGUGAUCCAAGGGUUUGCAUUAUGCAUCAUAUACUCUGCAGAAGUAGAUACGAUUAAUAACGAUACUACGACAUUUACUUUUCUUGAUGUUGUGAUUAAUAACAAAACCAAGCGCAUUGAAUGGAUGCGGAAAACAACUUCGAGCAUCCUAAUAACCCGCCAAGAUCACAUGUGGUUGGCCCAUGUACCGCAUUCUGAUAUUGGAUAUGAGCUCCAGGGUGGGGAUCAGGUGGAGGUUUUGUUCACCACUGAUGAUGAUUCAACAAAGGUGAGGAAGUGCGGGAUUCGACUAGUGUAUGAACAACAAGAUUCAAAAGGAUUGAUGAACCAAUAUCGCUUGCCUGCUUCUCAUAGUCAUAGUGUUGCUGUUGAAGUUGAAGAAGAUAAGCAAGGAAAUGGCGAUGAAUCAUCAUCAUCAUCCAGAAAGCAGCUGGUGCGUACUGAAAUCGAGGAAGGCAAUAACAAUGAAGAAGGGGAGCCUGUGGAUGCCUUGUCUGUUGAGGAUUGUGAUAAUUAUCCGAACCCAAAAAGGCUGAGAAUGAGCUUGAUCGACGAGAAUGAGUAAGAUACAGACUACUGUUUGAGUACGUUUCAGAGUGUAACAGACACCUCAAUUGUGCUUCAUCAUCAUGAAAAGUUGUUCCAACAUACAUGGCCAGCUCUGAAGGGUCUGUGUACGAGCUUGUGUGUAUUAAACCUAGGAAUUAUACAGCUACUCCAUUUCGAAGGCAUUCUUGUUAAAUUCGAUUAUGAAUUUUAUCUCUUUUAUUUGAGUUAAGUUGUUAUUCUUGUUGUUAGAUUAAAUUCUGAACUUUUCAAUUUGUUAAAUUAUAAAUUAUAUAUGUUCAUAGAAAUAUGAAAUUAAGUAUAGUCCCAGUUGUUUGUCA